AUGAUGAAAUUUAUGAUUUUAGUGUUAUACACUCUCAUCGUUGUUAUUGAUUCUUGCUCUAAAAUAGUGAGUAAAAAAUUUUAUAUCACUUCAACUGUCAAUGAAGUGAUUAAAAUUCCACUAAAGUAGCUCUUUAUUGACACAAAUUUUGAUUCCAUAACUAUAACCCCUAAAACAAAUGAGAUUUAAGUUGCUGGUCCUUUAUAAUUGUUGGAAUAGUUUGAUAUUGAUGGAUUGUCAAAUACUUAAACAAUAUCCUUCAAAAUGUAAAAAUCCACAAAAAGUCGAAAUCCAAUCCAUAUGAUGACAAUCUUACGUAAGAGUGAAGAAUAGUAUUAUUUUGGAUUAAAUUCUAAUCUAUACUCUACUAUACCCCUAAUUGAAGUGAUACAACCAACUUUUCAAAAGGAAAAAUAGUGUUUUGACAUUGCCUAGAUAGAUAUUUUAAUAAUUACAGAAUGUAAUGAUGAAUAAGAAGAUUUUUUCAGUAUUUACUCUAUUGCAACUGGCUUAUUUACCUAUCUACCUAUAAGUAAGUUUAACUAAGGCCUUCGAAAAUUAGACUUAAUUGACAAUUACCUUUUCAGAGGAACAGAGGAUAAAUUAGAAGUUUACUCAUAAUAAGAUGGAUUAAUUUAACAUCUAAGUACUCUUGAUUCACAAAAAAUGUAAUAAUUGCUACAGAAAGAAUCCUUUUAAUUACAAAUAAUUAAUUUUUAGACACAUACUGAUAUGUAAGUAAGUUUGUUAAAUAAAUCAGGUGAGAUAAUUUUAAUUAAAUUUAAUAAUAAUUUAUGGGAAUUAAUUUCCUACAUUCAAACCUAAAUAUCUGAUGGAUAUGGCUACGAUUACGAUAUAUAUACAAAUGCCUAUGUGAUCUAUUCACAAACAGAACUUUAUUUUAAAUCUUAAAAUAAUUAGCAAUUUACAAUACCUUUAACUCUAAAUUCUUAAUCACAAGUGUAUUUAUAAAAGGACUGGAUUAUUUUAUUCGAGGAUCAAAGCAUAAUACUUUAUUCAUAAAAAUUAGAAAAAAUUUACACCUAUCAAUUAGAGGAUUCAUAGUUUUAUAUUUCAACCAAUCCAUAUUAAAAUGGAUUCUUAUUGAUAAGCAAUACAUAAUUUAAGCAUUUUGUGAUUAAUAAUGAAUAAUCAUUAUAAUUUUCUUCACUCAAUAUUCCUAUUAUGGAUGAUUAUUCUAGUGUAAUUGUAAGUUAGAAUUCCACUUGUAAAGUAAAAGUAUUUUAUAAAGUUGUAGAAAUUCAAUCUAAAAACAUAUUUUAUUAGUAAGAAUCUUCUGGAUUAAUCUCUGAUAGCAUUAAUUUAGAUGAUCCUUAAGUUAAAUUUCUACCUGUAUUUUAGGGAUCAAAUCUAUAAUAUCAUUUUUAACCUAAUAACAUUAUUGAUCUAAAUGUUGAAAAGUUAAAGCAUUUUAAAAUAGAUGAAGUUUUAGAAACUUAGGAGAUAAUUUAUAGGAAAAUAUUUUCACAAAUUAAUUCAUCUCUUGUCUAAUUGAUAUAAUAAGAAAAAAAUUUAUAAUUGAGUGGAUACAUUUGUUAAUAAAAUAAUGAUACUAAUCUAACUUGUUAAAGGAAUUUCAAAAGUAAAGCAUUUUAAAAAUUAACGAAUUCUGAAAACGAAAUUUGGUGGAUCAAUAAAGACUCUUUAUUCCUAGCCAUCUAAAAAUUCUAUUCUGUUAUAAUUUAUUGCAUUUAAUCUGAAGCAUAAUAAUUUGAAGAACUAAUAGAAUUAACCUAAGAUGAGAAAGUUUAAAAAAUUGUUACUGAUGGACUUCACUUAUUUAUAUAGACAGAGAAAUCUAUUCUAAUUUAUAAGAUAAGCAGAUAAAAUAAAGCAAAAUAUAUCACUAAAAUUUAGGAAGUAGGAUAAAUUUAUUCCUCGACUGCUCAAAAUGAUUUACUUUUUGUUGAAACUGAUGAUACUCUUUAUAUAUAUUCAAUAGAAUAUGAAAAAAUCACUUUAAUAUGGUUUACUGAGAUUAGAAAUGAUUUUGUUGAGAGAAAUUUACUUAUUUCUUCAACUCAUUUUGUUAGAUUCAUUCGAAUGAAAAAUGAAGAAUUUUAUAGUGCUGAUGUAUAUAAUAUAGAAAACUUAAAUAACAUUUACUUUGAGAAGAAAUUAGAUUUGGAUGGUCAAUAUAAAUUUGAUUUAUCUUCAAUAUAAAUAAACAUUAAGACAAAUUUUAUAUAUGUUUUAGCCUAAAAGAAUUCAGCUAAAUCUCAAGAAAUCUAAAUUUAUAAAAUCAGUGAAAUUUGUUUGAAUUCCAUGUUUUUAAAAAUAGAUACUGUUGAAGCUGUUUAAUUUUCUACAACCAGUAAUUAUUUCAUCACUACAGAAGUAAUUGAUAAUCAGUAAAUCCUUAAAAAUUAUUACAUAAAUGGGGAUUACUUUAUAUAGUUUUAAAUUAAAUAAGAUUAUAAUUAAAUUGAGUAUUCCUAAAAAAUUAAUUUAAAUUUUUCAGUCACUAACAAUGCUUAGAUCAAGAUUAUAGAUAAUAGUCCAGCAUUUAUUAUUAAUAGAGGAAUUAAAAUGUUUAGAACCCUAGAAUCAGUAAAUUUAACUUAUCAUUCAGAUAAAGUUGAAAUUCAUUGUUUAAGUUUGAAUGAAUCAUGGUAUAGUGGUUAAGCUUUUGAAAUAAAUUAAAUUGAUGGACUUGAUAAAUUAAAAUAUCUUAAAACUCUAUUUUAAUAGGUAGAUAUCUUAGAAGUCAGUCCAAUAAUCAAAGAGUUUAAUGAUAAAACUAUCGUUUAGCUCUGGACUCAUAAAAUUAUAUUAUUUUCAAAGUCAGAUUUAUCUAAGAGUUUUGAAUAUUAAUUGGAUGAAACAUACACAUUUACAAAUAUAUUUUUUAUUGAAAAAGACCAUUUAUAUGUAGAAGCUUUGAUGGAUAAUUAAGUUUUUUUAAGAGUAAUUUAAUGUUAAAAAUAAAUUUGUGAAUUAUUGAAAGAAAAAUUAUAAUUACAAGAUCGACCUGAAAAAGCAUAUCUUCAUUAACAGAAUUUUUUUUAUAUAAAGAAUAGACAUAUCAAAGUUUUUGAUAUAAAUAACUAACCUUUAAAUGUUUCAUAAUUUUUAUUAUUUGAUGAAUUUUCUGUCAGUGAUCAAGCUUUAUUUGUAGAUAUGAUUCACAUAAAAGAUAAUUACUAUUAAUUUAUAUCUGCAACCCAUUAGGGAAAUGUUGAAUUUUAUACAAAAUAAAUUUCCAAAACUUAGUCAUAUAAUUUAAGUCAAACCUUUGAUAUUAAUUUUUAUUUAAAAAUGGAGAAUCUGUUUUUAAAACCCGAUUCUGUUUGUGUUGGAUUUUUUUUAACAGAAAGUUAAAUUAUUUUAAUAUUUUCUAAUACUGCAUCAUAUUCAUUUUUGUUUAUAAAUAAUUGUUCUACUGAUAAUACUUGUUUAGUUUAGCAAUUUGAAUUAUAUCGUAUUUUUUAAUAAUUUGGAUCUUGGAUGAUAUCUGAUUAAUAUCCAAUUGGUUAUUACUCAAACGAAAUUUUAUCUUUAAUUUUUAGGGCUGAAACUUAUUCAGAACUCUUUAUAUAUGAUCUAAAGAAUUACAAAAAAAAUAAAAAGGAACCAUACACUAUUAUUGCUCAUUUAACUGCUACUUAUAGUCCCAAGAAAUAAGGUUUCUAUCCUAUUUAGUCUUUUGUCUAUCAAUACGAUGAUUAAUUAUAUCUACUUUCAAAUGCAAAAAAUAAAAAUUCAUUAUACCUUUAUUUGUUAGAUCGAACUCCAUAGCUUUGUAUAAAUAGUAAGGAAGUAAAUCAAAUAGUCAAAUUUGCUUUAAGCAAUCCAUAUUCAACUACAUAAAUUAGCCUAAAAAUUUCCAUCAGUGAUGAUAAUCCNAAUCACUUUAAUAUGGUUUACUGA